AUGGCCUGAGCUCCGCGGACACGACGCAUUACAUGUCGGGGAAGGGACUCUACGCAUUCAACACCACGAUCACAUGUGAUGCCGACCUCUGGAUGUCAGUCCAUGUUUCCUGGGGUCAUGUCAUGACUAGUGGGUAUGGCGGGGGAGCCCUCUCCGUCAGCACCUGGAAGCAAAACUUCGGCUUGCUUGGAGACUCCAGCUAUACAUUAGAAACGUGGUUCCUGACACCAGUGCCCGGACGACCAGCUCGUGGCACCCCUGAUAACCACUACAACAAGGCCCACACCGCCAUGCGCAAUGUUGUGGAGUGGUGCAUCGCUGUAAGCUUGUGCACAGCUGCUCAAGCAUCAUUGCUGCUUGUGCAGCUCUGCACGACAUUGCGUUGGCGGCACAUGAGCCUGUUCUCGAAGGAAACGAUGACGACACCGACGAUGCUGACUGCUGCCAGCAGCAGCUGAGCUACCACCACCACCACAACGGGAGCCAGCAGCA